AUGGAGGAGGCUGAUGCUUCGUCGGUGGUGAAGGUGAAAAGGGCAGUGCAGAAGACGUCUGACCCCAUCGUGCUCGGCCUGCCCUGGAAGACCACCGAGCAGGACCUCAAGGAGUAUUUCAGCACCUUCGGGGAGGUCCUCAUGGUCCAGUAUGAGACCCAAGUGAAGGUGAUGUCUCAGCGACACAUGAUUGAUGGACGGUGGUGUGACUGCAAACUCCCAAAUUCUAAGCAAAGCCCGGAUGAGCCUCUGAGGAGCAGGAAGGUGUCUGUGCGCCGCUGCACCCAGGACCUCACUGCCGACGAGCUGCGGCAGUUCUUCUGCCAGUAUGGGGAGGUGGUGGCCCAGUCCCUGUGUGGCGAGGACCUGAUCAUCAAAGGCAUCCUCUGCGUGCAUAUCUGCAACGCUGAGCCCAAGCACAAUAGCAAUAGGAAGUUAGAGAGAAGUGGAAGAUUUGGUGAUAAUCCGGGUGGCUUUGGGAGCCAGGGCGGGCUCGGGAACAGCCGGGGCGGUGGGGCGGGGCUGGGCCACAACCAGGGCAGCAACAUGGGGGGCGGGAUGAACUUCGGCGCCUUCAGCGUCCACCCGGCCAUGAGGGCCACGACCCAGGCCACCCUGCAGAGCAGCUGGGGCAUGAUGGGGAUGCUAGCCAGUCAGCAGAACCAGUCCGGCCCGUCAGGGAACAACCAGAGACAGGCCAACAUGCAGAGAGAGCCCUACCAGGCCUUUGGCUCUGGGAACAACCAGUACAUCGGCUCCAACUCGGGCGCCGCCAUCGGGUGGGGGUCGGCCUCCAACGCGGGCUCGGGCAGCGGCUUCAAUGCAUGGACUUCAGCUCCAGCAUGGACUCGAAGUCGUCGGGCUGGGGCAUGUAGGCUGGGCUGGUCAGUUAGACGCUAA